ACAAACAGACACCUGUACACACACAUAAACAUGUACACACACGCACAGAGACACAUGUACACACACACACACACGUACAUACAUACAGACACAUGUACACACACAUGUACAUACACGCAAACACACCCCAUACAAAGUUGCAGUACUUCGUUGUUCACUCACAGAGCCGGGUACUGCACUCUAGGGGGUGGCAGAGAGCACAGCACACACUCCUUUCUUUCACUGCGCUCAGCUAUUGAGCAAUCUGACGGCUCCCAGUGCCAAUAACCGAUCCGGCCUGAGCUCCAAGCCUGCUCAGCAAGACGGCCCUGGGGGACAGACUCGCCCCUACCAUAAUGGCGAGUGGAAAUU